GACUAAAGAUAAGUGUCCACAUCAGUGAAGGUCCUCGGGGCUGCCGUCAGAAGAAGCAUCUAGCCAGUCAGGAGAGGUGAGGGGCGAGGCCGGCCAAUCGGAGGGGGAGAGAUGUCGGGGCAUUGUGGGCAUGCAGCCCUGGCUCUCGUGUCGUUACUGAUACUACUGUGGCGUGAGGCAGCACCCAUCGAGGUGCCGCAAGACCCAAAGGUCCUGCAAGACUUGAAGCAGCCCCCCACUAUAGUGAAGCAGUCAGUGAAGGACUACAUUGUGGACCCCAGAGAUAAUAUCAUCAUUGAAUGCGAGGCCAAGGCCAACCCUUUGCCAACGUUCUCAUGGCGAAGGAACGGGAAGUUUUUCAACAUCGGGAAAGAUCCCCGGGUGACGAUGCGGAAACGCUCUGGAACCCUGGAGAUCGGUUUCCGCAACGGAGGACGACCAGAGGACUACGAGGGAGAGUAUCAGUGUUUAGCCGACAGUGACCUGGGAAGGGCCAUUUCCAACAAAAUCCUGUUGCGGGUCUCCAAGGCUCCUCUGUGGCCUAAAGAGGUGCUGGAACCAAUGAUGGUGCCUGAAGGCCACCCGGUGGUCCUCCCCUGCAACCCCCCACCGGGCCUGCCUCCUCCAUUCACCUUCUGGAUGAACAGCGCUAUGACCCCAAUCCCUCAAGAUAAGAGAGUAUCUAUGGGUCUCAAUGGAGACCUCUACUUCUCCAACGUUUUGGCCCAAGACGCCCACACUGACUACAGCUGCAACGCUCGCUUCCUCUUCACACACACCAUCCAGCAGAAGAACCCCUUCACACUCAAAGUUCAGACAAGCCGCAGAGUAGCUGAGUCGACGCCGACCUUCCUCUCACCGACAGGGACUGAGAGUUCCAAAAUGGUGCUACGAGAUGAGCAGCUGCUGCUGGAGUGUAUCGCUGCUGGACUUCCCACACCCGCCAUCAAGUGGUUUAAGAAGGGUGGAGACCUGCCGGCACGGAAGGUGAAGUUCGAGAACUACAACAAAACCCUGAAGAUUAUCAACGUGUCAGAGGAGGAUGCUGGGGUGUAUGUAUGCAUGGCCAACAAUUAUUUAGGCAGCAUACGCCAUUCCAUCUUUGUUGAGGUCAAAGCGGCUCCUUACUGGCUGGACAAACCAACAAAUCUGGUGCUAGCCCCGGAUGAGAACGGGCGCCUUGUGUGCCGGGCCAAUGGCAACCCUAAACCUAACAUCCAGUGGCUGAUGAAUGGCAAUCCAAUUAACACCUCCGUGCCCCACCCGAGCCGUCAGAUGAUGGGCGACACCAUCAUCUUCCGCUCGGUGCAGGUGGGAAGCAGCGCCGUCUACCAGUGCAACGCCUCCAACCAGCACGGCUACCUGCUGGCCAACGCUUUCGUCAGCAUCCUCGACAUGGCUCCGAGGAUGCUGGGCCCUAAAAACCAGCUGAUUAAAGUCAUUGAGAACAACAGAACCUUCCUGGACUGUCCCUUCUUCGGUUCCCCUCUGCCAGAGUUACGCUGGUUUAAGAAUGGACAGGGCAGCGGCCUGGAUGGGGGUCAGUAUCGUGUUUACAUCAACGGCUCUCUGGAGAUCAAACGGGCCCGAGCAGAGGACGAAGGCACUUACACCUGUGUGGCCAACAGCAUCAUGGGCACGGCCGAGAACCAGGUCCGCCUGGAGGUCAAAGAACCGACUCGUAUAAUCCGAGUCCCCGAGCACCAGUCAGCCAUCAGAGGCUCCGUGGCUCGCUUCGAAUGUAAGGUGAAGUCUGACCCCAGCCUCCCCAUCGCUGUGGCCUGGUGGAAGGAUGACAAGCCUCUCUAUCUGGGAUGGAGGAUCAAGAAGGACGAGGAGUCGCUGACCAUCCCCAACAUCAACGAGGGCGAUGAGGGAACGUACACCUGCACUGUUAAAUCUGAGAUAGACGAGGACUCUGCCUCAGCCCGCCUCACUGUGUUAGAGGAAGCCUCCCUCAACCCCUCAGUCUCUAGUGCCUUUCCUCCAGACCGUCCAGACCCUCCCAUGGAUCUGGAUCUGUCAGACCCAGCAGCCCGCAGCGUUCGCCUCACCUGGAUUCCUGGAAAUGACCACAGGAGCCCCAUCACAGAGUUCUUGGUCCAGUUUGAAGAGGACCGCUGGGAGCCAGGCAGAUGGCAGAACCUGUCCUCUUACCCUGGGGACCUCAACUCUGUCAUCCUGCAGCUCGCUCCCUUCAUCAACUAUCAGUUCAGGGUCAUCGCCAUCAACGCAGUGGGCCAGAGUCAGCCCAGCCGACCCUCACCACGAUACCAGACCAGUGGAGCUGCCCCAGAUACCAUUCCCAGAGGUCUACGAGGAUGGGGCUCCAAGAAGGACAACAUGGAGAUCACCUGGGAGCCCCUGAUUGACCUGGAGAGAAAUGGCCCCAACCUGCACUAUAGUGUGUGGUGGAAACGGAAGGAUUCAGGGGAGGAGUGGAGUAACGUGACCACAAUGGAGUCCAAACAUGUCGUCCAAAACACAGACACCUAUGUGCCUUAUGAGCUCAAAAUCCAGGCCAGGAAUGAGUUUGGAUCAGGGCCUGAGUCUAAUAUGGUCACUGGAUACUCCGGAGAGGACAAACCCACCGCCCCUCCCACUGACCUGCGGGUGUCAAAGGUAGACGACAUCAAAGCCAAUAUCCACUGGAAGCCUGUGGACAUGAACACUGUCCAGGGAGAGUUCAAGGAGUACAGACUGUACUACUGGCGCGAGUCCAGUCUGGUUCCAGGUCUGGUGUUCAGUAAGGAAAACAAGACCAAAGGUUUCUACAGCACCAUGGCCGAGCCGUCCGGCAUCGUAACUGACCUGGUACCCUACUCGCGGUACAAGAUGCUCAUGGUUGUGGCCAACAACGGCUACGAGGGUCCGCCCAGCAACAUGGUGGAUUUUGCCACCAAGGAGGGAGUGCCGGAUGCUCCCAGGGUCUUCAGGAUUAAUCGGAGGACUUUUGAUAUGAUCCACCUAGAAUGGGAAAAACCUCUGGAGCCCAAUGGCAUUCUGAUUGGAUACCAGCUCAAGUACCAUACAGUCAAUGGCUCCAGGUCGGGUCGUCCCCAGCUGCAGACUUUCCUUCCAAACGUGACAGAUUUCAGGCUCCGCCUGCCGGACCGAUCUACCCGCUACAAGUUCUCUCUGUCAGCACUCACCCAAGUGGGAGCUGGGGAGGUCUUUGCAGAGGAAUCUCCACAUUUCACCAACGAAGAGAACUUUACUGAUGCUACAGGUCUAGUCGAGCUUACCGACGCCUCUGUGGCUUCAGCUCUCACACCUACUCCUCCUCCUAUCGCUCCUCCUUCUCCUACUACCAUCGCUCCUACAACCAUUAGUACCUCAACUACUACCACUCCUACAACAACGACUCCUACCACUACUACAACUACAACUACCACUACCACUACAACCGAGGCGACCACUACCACUACCACACCUGCUGUGGUGGUCACCUUCAAACGUAUCGAUGAGAAUAUGCCGGGUACAUGCUUGGCCUCUGGGCUGGAGAUCUGGAAUCUGACGGUGGAGCCUAACAGUAACUACGCUAACGUCAGCUGGAAACACAACUUCCCGGCCGGCAGCAGCGAGUUUGUGCUAGAGUUCACACUGGACAGCAACAACUCGGUGAAAAUUGUACCGGUGAAACAACAGCCCCCCAUUACAGUGGCGGAUCUGAUCGCAGGCGCCAAGUACCAUCUGAGGGUUUACUCCCAUGAGCACAACAACAUCAGAAGCGACCCUGUCACCUUUAAGACCAAAACAGCCUACAUAGACCAGGUAGACAUAGCCACUCAAGGCUGGUUCAUCGGGCUGAUGUGUGCCAUCGCUCUCAUCAUACUGAUCCUUCUUAUCGUCUGCUUCAUCAAGAGGAGUCGCGGCGGCAAAUAUCCAGUCCGUGAUAAAAAAGAUCUCCCAUUGGACCCAGUGGAUCAGAAAGACCAGGAUGGGUCCAUUGAUUACCACAGCGACGAGGACAACAAGCCUCUGCAGGGCAGCCAGACAUCGCUGGAGGGCAACGUGAAGGAAAGCGACGACAGCCUGGUGGACUACGGCGAAGGCGGCGACGGCCAGUUCAACGAGGACGGCUCUUUCAUCGGCCAGUACACGGUGAAGAAGGACAAGGACGAGACGGAGGGCAACGAGAGCUCUGAGGCCACCUCGCCUGUCAACGCCAUUUACUCCCUGGCGUAGCGCCGUAGUGGCACAUGGACGACUCGGUGGCACCCUCUGAUCUGAGGGCGUUUAUGACAAACCACGACACCAUACACCAGACACAAACACACACACAUGAAUAUAUUAAUAUAUGAAUAUAUGAAACAAAUUAAACAGAAGAAUCACAGCAGGGCCUGUCUGGAGACUAUGUAGGCUUUCCUCUGCAGAUAAGCUGGAGGAAUACGGGAGUGGAAUUAGACCACAAGCCUUUAUUUAAUGUUUCCAGCUCUAAGAAAAUUGGCCCUUCGGAGGUGACGUUUGGACAAAGUGGACAAGUGCUCGUUUUCCUAUGUGCUCUGCCUGCCCUUUACCCACACAGACUUGACGUGUGCCUUUGGGGCAGCUUUCAGCAUUUGGAGGCAUCAACAAGCGUUCUUUAGAGAUUUUUUUCUUUCUUUCUGCUCUGAACAUUUUCAGUCUCUCUUCUCUCCUCCCAUAUUUUGUGUAGCAUCACAGUAAAGUAGACACAGAGGUUACACACACACACACACACACACACACACACACACACACACUGGCCCCGUCCUGUAACAUAUCAGCUUCUAAACAUCAAACUCAACAGGAUGCUGGCAGAUAUGUUUAUCAUAUUGAUAUUUACGCAAUGAAAGAUUUUAGUUUUUUCACAGCUGGUAGACGAGUCAUUGAAUCUUAAUGAAUGCUGUAUACAGUCCUGGCACACAUUUUAGUGCCCUGCAAAACUAUGCACUAUCACCUCCUCCAUACCAUUUUGGGUUUAAUCUGGUUAGAAGAGUACACAUUUUGGGUUUCCUUUUUUCCACUCGCAGGCUAAAUCGCACGCUUCUAUUCACCUUGCCUUUUAUGAUGUGCUCUUACCUCUAAUCCAAUGUUGUAGUGCAGAUGUUCAAAAUGGCCGAUACAAGAAAAGCCAUUUCUGCCACAAGCAGCAAGCGCUGCUACAGUAUGUUGUUGAUGAAUCCCUUCUUUUGUUUUUAAGAAAAAAAAAGACUAAGUAUAAAUAUUAUUUUGGAGCAUGUAGUAAUUUAGUGCAAGAGAAAUGAGAAGGCUAAAGAGAGGAACGUUAGUUUUGCUUGAGAAACACCAGUAGACCAAAACCCACUGAAUUCCCUAGUUAGCAUGCAGGCUAAUGCUGCAUUCAUGUCAAAUGGGAACAACUGUCAGUUGACAGUUAAAAUCAUGGAAGUUGUCAUUUUAUUUUGAGCUGUAACGCUUCCAUGAUUCUGUUUGUCUGGUAAUACACACAUAAAUAGUUGAGUGGUACUUUUAAAAAGUAUAUUUAGUAUAUUUUAUACCAAACCAAACAUUGCUAUGUCAAUCCAACAUGGCGAUAACAUAAUCACUUAUGAUGAUAAAUAUAGACUUAAAUAUAUUAUCAUACCACUUUCCUACAUUCAUGUUCUUAUUGGUGGUUAUUGGCUCCAAACUCCCCAACGAUGUUUUCAUCAUGUAAUAUAACGUCUACAUUCUCUCCUGUAGGACAUGAAUGCAGCAUGAGAGACUGGAAUCAUUAAAGGGUUAGUUCAGAUUUUUUUGAGGCGCAGUUCUAUGAGAUACUUAUCCAUAGUCAGUGUAUUACCUGCAGUAGAUUUGGGUCGGCACGCCCACAUUUUGUUGAAGCAGGCACGAGUAACGGCAUGGAAGCUAAGCAUUGUGCCGCUGUGGACGGGGCAACAGCAAAACAUAUUUUAGCCACCAAAACAAGUCCCACCUAAAAAAAAAACAACAAAAAAACAAUAUCAGUUGAAGUGUACGCUAUAUUUAGAAAAUGUUCACCACUUUACCUUGCUGUCAGACAGCCCUGCUUUGGGACUACAUUUUCUCAACUGUAGAACUUCCGUAUUCCUACGCAUGCCGCGCACUGUAUUACGCUGCAGUACUGUGAGGUCAUACAGCUCAUCUACUGGAGAUCUGCACAGUUCUUUUGCUCAAAUUGAAAUAUUUUCAGCUCACACAGACUCGCCAUCAUCAUGUCUUUACACUAACACACCGCCUCUAAAAUUCUCUUCAUGUUUAGUCUGAACUUAACUUUUACAGGGGAAUCAACACCUCUGUUCUUCCCUCUACUUUUUUUUAUAAACUCAAUCAAUUUGUAACCCCUUACAGAUGAAAAAAGACAGUGAGCCACGUAGAAUACUUUAAAAAUGACAGCAUGAAAAUACAUACAUUCAAUUCACAGCCUUUGAAAUGAACUGAUCAGCGCUCUUUUUAGUUUUCGCAGAGGAAGAAGAGAUGAUUUUUCGGGUGUGUACGCUCAGUAUUUCACUUGCUCUCCAAACAUUGAAUCAUUCUGUUAGCAGACUGAUGGACUCACUGUCAAUUAUUUGCUUGUAUUUCUUUAUUUUCUACUAAAUGUCCACAGAGUGCUCAUUGGUUAGACCAGAUUGAUUCUUUUGGCACUCAUACUAUAGUUACCUGCUACUCAACAGCACUAUUAAACCCUCCAAUGCUAAAUCAUAUAGAUCUUAACUGCAGUUAGCGACUGGAGUUCACAUUGUAUUUCAAAUAUUUAUUUUAUAUUUCUAUUUAUUACAUUAUUAUGUGGAUAGUAUUAAUAUAUUAGCCCCUUGAUUUAAUACUUGUUAUAUACACAUUUUUGACCAACUUAUUUUGUUCACACGAGAAAUAGCCAAAAUAAAGAUGUCUCCAUAAUCUGUUACUGUUCGUCAUGAGAGGCAUUAAACACAACAGUAUGUUGAAGAUAUUUUUGUAGCAGCUGGCUUUUCUGCUGUACACAAAACAACAAAAAGACUAAUACCUGUCAUUCUACAUGGAGAAAAAAAAAAAGGUCAUGUUUAUCUGUCCAUUGUGCUGCUCUUCUGGUACUCAUGUUGUGUUAUUGUUAUCCUGUAUUGUUCUUCAGAUUUAUGUAACAUAACAUUUCCACCACAAAGACUAUUGUCGCUUAUUAUUUAUUUGGCUUCUAUUCUGUACAUGUAUGUCCUGAAAAAAAAAAAAUCUUUGUAAAUAUUUCAAAGUUGAUUCCCCCCCUUGAAAAAAAUGCUUUAUCGAAAUAUGAAGUCACAAAUCAGUAUCCACCGAGCAAUUGUGACUGGUGCAUCUUUUAGUCCGUCAUGCACCCUUGUAAUGUAGCUCUGACUAACAUUUGCACUCUGAAAAAAGUAACAAGAAUCAUCCCUCACUCCAUGUUGCCCCCUCGCUUUGACAUUGUAAUAUACGUACAGGACUGGCUGUGGCGAGUCUACCAGUCACUUGUUUGAUGAUGGUUUGGAUUCUAUAUUGUGAAAAAGGAAAUAUGUUAGAUUCUCUACAAUGUAAAUAAGACGCAAGUGCUCCUGCAAUAUACCGUCUGUAGCAUUUGUGGCACACUAACUGCUUGUAGGCCUAAAAGAGAAAAAAAAAAAACAUGCAUUCGCUGAGGUAUUGGAACAGACUCCCCCUUCUUUUCACUCUUAUACAUUCUUCUUCUCUCUGAGACUGUAUCUACUCCUUUCCAUAAUGCCUUUCACCUAACAUGCCUACUGUUACAUAGCUGUGUCCCAAUUCAGCAAUUCAGGGGUCAACUCAGAUACAUGCACCACCUGAACAGCUUUCACCUGCUGCUGAAAUUGAGUUCCAGAAUACGACGUAUCAGGGCUAUAUAUGUAAUUUAGAGAAAAAAAUCUCAUAAUUUCUGAGAUUAAAGUUGUAAAUUUACAAGAAAAAAACUCAGAUAUUCUCUGACAUAAUGAAACAUCUGAUGUUUUAGAUGUUCUCUGACAUAAAGUCGAAAUUUUGCGAGAAAAUGAACUCACAAAUUCAUAAAUGUGUCUUUUCGAAGUCCGGAUGCCUAGGAUGAUGUGGUGAUUCUGGUCUAAGAUAACAAGUAUCUCCUUAUUGCUGAACCCAACUGAAAAGAACAGUUUGAUCAGUUGUUUCACGGCAGUCAUAAUGCACGACAAACCACGUCUCUCCAGUGUUGCAAUGUGAGGCGAUGUGAGUUUUUUUCUUGUAAAUUUGCCAGUUUAUAAUGUCAGAGAAUAUAUGAGCUUUUUUCUUGUAAAUGUAUGACUUUAAUCUCAAAGAUUCUCAGUAUUUUCUCGAAAUAUCACCCCCUCUCCUAUGGCGUUGUACCUGAAACCCCCUCCCAAAGUGGGUGAAGACCAUUUGAGACCCAUGACAAUAGCAAAAGCCUGAGGUGGAUACUAUACAUGUAACACCCUGUGAUUGACAUGUUCAGUGUGCUGAUAAGAACAAUAAGAGGAGUUUAUAGCUUCUAUUCCAUUUUUCAUUGGUGCAUGUCAUGUGAUAUAUAUCAAGUUGACAAGGAUCACCUAAACGCACCAUGAAACAGGUGAUGAGCCCACACUGGAUUAUGAUGGAGGGUGAUUGUGUCAUGAUCAAGACCCCUGAAAUGGAACACAGCUCCUACUAUAUAACUAGUUCUGGCCUGGCUUUCCUAACACCGUCUAAAACUAAGAGAAGUUUUUACUCCACAAAAAAAACAAAAACACAACUUUCUGUCACUCCAUCAAAAAAAAAAAAAAAACAACCCCAAAAACUUCAUGUUCCUGUCUUUCGUCAGAACCUCAAAGCAAUAUCCUCUGAGUUUUAAUCAGCUGGGUGUUCUCUCUGAUGCCAUUGUUCCACAGUGUGUUCACUCUCACCUUAAUGUUGGUAAUAACGAGCUCAGACAUCUUCACAAAAAACAGGAAACCAGAGCUGAACUAGAAGAAAACAGAAACACAAAGAGAUCAAACAUUUAGGUUGAAACGCAGGUCUGAACUUUCUCACUGGACUUGUUGGAAGCUUCAAGAUGUCUGGAAACCUGCACCCCCCCCCCCUCAUCCCACACACACACACACACACACACACACACACACACACAUAACCCCCUUUGGCCUUUUCUCUCUUUCCCUCCCAAGUGGAUCAACAUGGGGAAUAGUUGUAAACUGGCUGUAUAACAAAGAAAAGAGAAUUAUGCAUAUUUGCUGAUACACAAUGCUUUUUGUCUUGUCCCUUUUUUUUUUGUUUGGUUCAUUUUGAGGACUGUACGGAGCCGAGCGUCCGCAUCACUGUCCGCAUCAUCUCAGCUCUCAGCUCGCCCUUCAUGUGAGAACAGAAAACAGUCAACGUGCAGUUUUUACAGCUUUGUUUGUUUCUCUUCAUUUAAAAAAUGCUGCAGAAUUCUAGAAAUUUGACUGGUGCACAUACAGAUUUGCAACUGAAUUUUUUUUUUACGCUGUUUGGCUUUUUUUUUAUUAAAAAAAAUAAAAUGAAUUCUCAUAUUAGCAUCUUCUUUUUAUCAUGUGUAUCAGAGCAGCUCGUCAAAGUCUUGCUUCAACACGCAAAAUAACAGCUUUUGUAAGGUACAUCUACUCUAAAGAAAAAUGGCAUAAAUAUAUUCACCAUGUAUGCGUGUAUGAUGAGAUGUUGCAACUUCUGCUAGCGACGCCUUCUUUAUA